CUACCACAAUUGCGAGACAGGACUCCAAUGUAUAGGAUUUCUUUCUAAAUUGUACAAACAUGGAAAUGCAUUCUGAAGCUGAACCACUGGUCCCACAAAUGUCAAAUCAAGGAUCAAUUCGAAAGAAGUUGGACUCUUGUAGAAAGAUACACAUCCUGAAUGUCGUAGCCUUUUUAGCAAUUGCUGGUUGUACAGUUUACUUAUUGUUGGAAAUGAAAAACAUAAAAAAUAACCGGAAUGAAGGAACUGAAAGGAUGCCAAAGAAUUUACAUAAUCAAGAAGGUGAACCGAACCUAAGUUCUCAAAUAAAACGCAAUCAGUCAGCGUUUGACAAAGAUGAUAUUCUAAACAAUGAGCUUCAAGAUUGCAUUGGGUCACGAGAAAAAGAAACUUUUCCUGAUAUUGACUAUGCAUUUUUCGGCUACAAUAUUUUAAAAGGUUAUCCGCAUGCCAUUGGCCAUGAUCCUGGGUUUACGUAUCCAAUAUUUAAAAUAGACUACAGUGAAAAAAGACAGUCCGGAGAUUGCAGAUACUUCAUACCUAAGGGAUUGGUUGUCAUUCCUGAUGUGUCAUGUGCACUCUCUUUCUCGUCCAAGACUGUAAAAAAUACACAUGAAUUGUCUAAAGCUUUAUCAGUAUCCACAAGUGUACACGGUGGGGGAUAUGGUGCCAGUUUUUCUGCGAGUGCUGGAUAUAAAGAAUCAUCCCAUGAAUUGUCUUCAGGGGAAUCAGUUUACAUAUUUUCAAAGGCAAAGUGCCGGUACUACUUCACUCAAAUGAUGACACAAAAGCCUCCUUCAUUCACCGACGCUUUUCUAGAUUGGGUUUUCAAAUUGAACAGUACAAAUGAUAAAGAUACUUAUGUCGAUUUUUUUGAAACAUUCGGAACUCACUACCAGACAUAUACGUCUUUUGGCUCCAGAUUUAUUUAUCAAUAUAAAAUGAGUUUAAAAACAUAUCAAUCAGAAAAUCAAAAGGAUGUAUCUGUUGAAGCUGCAGCAAGUUAUUCUGGACUUUAUAGUGCAGGUGCAGAUUUUAAGAUGAACUCACACCAAAAGGAAGCUGUAACAAGCUUUUUGAAUUCGGUCGAAACGAAAACCAUCACAGUUGGUGCACCUCCACCAGAAGAUGGUAAAGCUUUGACCUGGGCAUCAACUGUCAAAGAUAAUCCAGUACCAAUGGAGUACAGUCUGGAAUCAAUCGAAAAUCUCUUUACGAAAAAUUUCAUGAGUCGAUUGAAUGUAGAUUAUAAUAGGAUUCGGUAUAAAAUAGAAGAAUAUAGAUUAGAGAAUUGUAAACAUCUCCAAAUCACUGGACAAAUAGAUACCUGUGAGGAUGAAAGGCCAGGGUUCAGUAAAAUGAAAGUUUUGACAAAAACAAAACUUUAUUUUCAUUACAAAUGGGUUAAUUUUUCAACGCCUAAUGAAUGUACACAAUUGUGUCUUGAUGAAUUUAAAUGCAAAGCAAUUUCAUAUUGUGUACAAGAUUGUACUCAAUAUGAACACUAUUGCUAUAUGUAUGAUCAUGGGGGACAGUCAAACAAAACGUACCAAAGGGACAUUAUACCCUGUCAAUUGGAUGGACGCUGGUGUAAUGUUGCAGGCAAUGAAAACAAAAAUUGGCAAAGUGCAGUAUUUUCAACUAAAAUCCAACAGCAUAUGGAAUUCAAUGUCACUAAUAUAAAAGGCGUUCGUCGUUCAUCAUUCAAUGCGAAGGACGUGUCUACAAAGAGUGCUUGUAAAUCUCGUUGUAAGAAAGAUGAUUUUUGCGCGGCAUAUACAUUCAGUUCCUCUCCUGAUAUAAAUAUGAAGUGUCAUCUGUAUGCUGAAAGUGGAAUAGAGGGACUUUCCGUAGAUUUGUACACCAACACUUAUUUCAUAACUAGUGUAAAAUAACAUGUAUCUUCAUCAGAUAUCUAACGCUCGUCUUUCGAUCAACUAUGAAGAAAGAAUGUUCCAUUUCGAUACAUUAUCGAAUAGAUUAUAUUAACAAACACUUUUCUCAAUUCUUUUAAUAGCUUUUCAAAUUUAUCCUACCAGUUUUGACAUCUUCAUGUUAUGUUUGAAUUAUAUACAUCCGCCCGUUAGCAUCAUGCAUAAGAUAUGAUAGACAUUGAUAAACUUUUACA